AUGAACUGUUCUUAUUAUGCUCACGAUCUGUAAGAAAGCCUUCAUGUGGUACCUGCUUUUACAAUUUUAACGAACAUGAAAAACGCUGUUAAAAGUUACACCACAGCCUGCGGCCAGUGGUUAUUAAUGUUGAUUAGGACAGAAGUACCUGAGCUCACUUUAAAAGACUAUUGUUUUUCGUGUUCUGUUGAUACUUGUGUGAAUUCUAGACAAUAGUCGAUAGCCGGCAUUAUACCCCUGGCUUACAGCCUUUGUUCUAAACUAAUAUGUUGUUGAAGUAUGCUGAUUUCUUUCACAGUGAUGACGAAGCAAGUACCCAGGAAGGAGGACAUGGUGACGAUAAAGAAGUGUCUUACGCAGGAUAUCUCCAGGUUUGAUGAUCCCCAUCUAGAGUUUGGAAGCCUGUACGAAGGGAGACCAUAAUGUUUAUUAUAUUUUUUUUCGUUCUUUUUUCCCUCUUGCGUCUCGCCUUAAUGCAAAUAACUUUUAAUACUAGAUCUAAGCAUAUUGAUCAACGCUGAUCAAGGCGGGUCAGUAUCAACUUAUAAUGUUCAAUUAAAAUAUUCCAGGGCAUAAAUGUCUCACUUUACAUUGUCAAAAUUAUGCUCUGUACAAAUGAAAUUAAUUGAAAUAUAUUAUUAAGUAAUAAUUAAUCAAUUUAAUUACAAUAUCUUUUAUAAAUUAACGUGAAAUGAGUGUAGCCUUGCUGUUUCCGCCUGGCUUAGUCUAUAGCCAAAGCAAAGGAUCGGCUUUGUUGGCCCCUACUGUGGCCAGAAAAUAAGAGUUGGGGUGUUCUCCACUGAAUGUAUCUUUAUCAGAAAAGUUUUUGAAGCAAACGAUAUGCCCCUUUUAAUCUCUUCUCUCUCCAUUUAAUUUUCUUUCCCUCUAAUAUUGUUAAUACGACUUUUACAGAGCAUAAUUUGACAAAAAUAAUGAAUGGAAUGUAAAUUGUGUGUAUCGUAAAUUUUGUAAUAUAUAGUUUCAGCCAAGGCCAAAAACAAAGCUCUCUUGGAAUUUUUAAGAAAUGUCUUCUGAAACGAAGUUUUCUGUGCAUGCGAUCACCCGAAUACCAAAACUGCUCAGCGGAGAACUUUUAAAAAAAAAACACGUCACCUCAAUGAGUUGGUCAUCUGAGCCCGCGAUACCGGCAUGUGACAUUGGUCAGCGGGUACCCUACUUUAACCGCUGUCAACUGAUCAUAAGAUGGAUGUCCAAUAUCAAGUUAAACACCAUUUGCAUACAGUGCCUAUACCUUGGACUUAAAACAUGUAGUAAGACAUUUCACAUCCGCUAACUUGAAGGGGCGGACCGACGUAUGUACGUCAUAGAUAACAAAAUUUUGGCGGAUAACUAAAUAGUUAACCAAAUGGUGCUCCGCUGCGUGCGCAUCGUGCGAGAGCUCCGCUAAUAUGCUGGUUGAUAUUUUAAGUUGAUACUAGUACUGCCCAUCAUCAUCAUCAUCGUCGUCAACACUUUUAUCUAUACGCGGUGUGUGACAGUUUGGUGGAAGCAGUUUGUGACAUGUGGAAAGCGGAGGAGUCUUGCUUGUUUCCGGUUUGUUUUAACAAAAAAAAAGUCAGGAACUGGUUCAUCGAUUUUUUUUGCGGGCGUUUUUAAUAAAAUAAUGAUUCCAAUCGCAAAUGUUGGAUAUGACUGUGGAGAGGUGGCCGUAAGAAGAGGCCCAAAUGUAACUGGGGCAGAUGGAAGGAAGGAUGGACUGAAAAAUCAACUCUUGGACUUUCUAGUCAGAUUAUAAAGAAAUAACUUUCAACAAUUCUUAUCUCUUGCAGCUUGGCAAGCUUCUUGACUGUCAGAAGCCACGUGAAUCCACUGCUCAUGAUGAAUUGUUGUUCAUUAUUGUACAUCAGGGUAUUUUGACAAAUUUUGUUUAUACUUUUUACUAACGAAUUGGAGGUCCACACCGUCAGUGGCAGAAGGAGUUUUCUUCAUAUCGGGUUUUAUGGCCCAGGUGCGAUAUGCUUGGAUUAGAAAACCUAGGGGCAAAACUUCUGAGUUCGGAAUUUUCAAUCUUAUUUCAGUCCUAAUUUGGUAUAUUCAAUGUUCUGAAUGUUUAUCUUGAUGAAAGAUAUUAUCCCUGUUUAUUUAUUUUUCCUUUCCAGUUUACGAACUGUGGUUUAAGGAGAUCAUUCAUGAGUUGGACUCUGUCAUGGAAAUCUUUGAGACACUGGUUAGUUGA